AUGGAGUUCCAAAGCGAGCAAUCGAGGGAGAUUUUCGAUGGGCUGAGGAAAAAUGGGCGGGGAAAGAUCGAGAUCAAGCGGAUCGAGAACACGACUAACCGUCAGGUCACCUUCUGCAAGAGGCGCAAUGGGCUUCUCAAGAAAGCUUAUGAGCUGUCUGUGCUCUGUGAUGCUGAGGUUGCUUUGAUUGUCUUCUCCAGUAGAGGCAGAUUGUAUGAGUAUUCAAACCACAGUGUGAAAGCAACCAUUGAUAGGUACAAGAAAGCUUCCUCAGAUUCUUCUAAUAAUGGCUCUAUAUCUGAAGCUAAUACUCAGUACUACCAGCAAGAAGCAUCAAAACUGCGUGCUCAAAUCAGUAAUUUGCAGAAUCAAAACAGGAACAUGCUUGGUGAGGCUUUAGGAGGUUUAUCUCUUAGGGAACUGAAGAAUUUGGAGGGCCGAGUCGAAAGAGGAAUUAGCCGAAUCCGGUCUAAGAAGAAUGAGUUGCUCUUUGCUGAAAUUGAGUACAUGCAGAAAAGGGAGAUUGAUUUACACCAUAAUAAUCAGUACCUUCGAGCAAAGAUAGCUGAAACUGAGAGAGUCCAGCAGCACAUGAACUUGAUGCCUGGAAGUUCCGACUUUGAGCUCGGUCAACCUCAGACUUUUGAUGCUCGAAAUUUCCUUCAAGUCAACGGGCUUCAACCCAAUGACGAUCCACCACUUCAGUUAGUCUGA